GCGAAUCCAAGGCAGCCAAGCCCCAACAGGGACCCAAGGCACCACAGAUUCCGCGCAAGCGACGCACGGCUAUGGCUGCAGCAGCCGGCCACGCCGACAGCAACAUGCCAGGCAGCCCCAAGAGGCCGGUUCCCCCUCCUGUGCCAGUUCAACGGGCAGACGAAGACGCACUCACGUUUCUCGAGCGUCUCCAACAGUAUACGGAGACCAAUGCCACCGAACUCCGCACAUGGGAGAAGGAGAAUGCCGCCCGACGGGAAGCCAUCCGACUCCAACAAGAAGCGGAACAGGCAGCACGUCAGCAGGCCGCUGCCGACUCUGCAGCAGCCGCACGGCAGCAGCAGCAGCAGCUCGAGGCACGUCAGACUCAGGCUCGGUUCCAGGCUGCCAUGAACCUUCUCAACGAAGAAGCCGCAUACGGCAGAGUACUUCGACAGCAGCACUUCCGAGCAACUGAGGAGCAAGAAGAACCAACUGAGGACGAGAGAAACAGGGAAACUACAGCAGUCUUAAUUGAGAACCUGCUGUACACGUGCAAUUGGCAGCAACGUGAACUGUUGGCUAUGCUGCAGGUCCUCAUCCGCCAUGAAGGCAACUUCAAGGCUAUGGAUCAGCACAUCACUGCCCUGCAGGCCGACACCGGCAUGCUGCAGGCUGCCGACAGCCAACAGCAGGCCAUCAACGACCGACUGCAGGACUCGGUCGAUGCCGGGAUGGCACGACUGUCCGCAGUCGAGUCAACGGGCGGUGCCGUUACAGACAGCAGCCCAGCUUUGGCCGCUCAAGCCAAACAGCUCGAUGAGCGGAUCAAUCACAUCGUCGCAUCCCUUGGCGACAUCAGCAAGUUUGCCGGAACCUCGACAGUCAGCAGUCGAUUGAAGACGCUCAGCGAGCAAGUCCAGCAACGCGCGGCCGCCAAGGAAUGGAAGAUGCCGAACUUCAAGAUCGAGAAGUUCGACGAUUACCACAAGACGGGUCCGUUGCAAUGGUGGAUGGUGUUCAAUGCGGAGGCCGACGUACAUCAUACUCCGCCCCUACGGCAGAUGGACGCAUUGUACCUCCAACUUAUAGGCAGGGCGCAAGCAUUCAUGACGCACAUGGCCAUCACGCUCGAAUGUACCAUCGCCACCCUCCACACGAAGAUCGUGUGGGAGGAGUUUGAAAAGAAGUGGAAGACCCGGUUCAUGGUGAACAAAGACAAGCGUCACGCCUUGAACAAAAUCUUCCGCAUCUUCCAAGGCCAGCAGCCGUUGCGGGAAUGGCUGACGGAGUGGCAAAGACUCGUCACCACCCCGGAGUUGAACCUAUCGUUCGACUCAAUCCGAGGCGAGUUCUUCGCCCGAUCUUGCGACGCCUUGACGGCUGCUCUCGGCAGCGAAUUCGAGUAUAAGAACUUUGACGACAUGAUCGCCAAAGCUAGAGAACUUGUACAAGGUAACCGGCGUGCGGCUAACGAGCCCCACCAACAGCCCGGUUACGUGGAGAAAGGCAAGGGACAACGGACGCCGCAAGUAGCAGCAGUCCAACAAGGAACAAGUGAGGACCACGCAGCCGCUUCAACAUCAAGUGAUGGAGAUGUGGUGGCAGCGAUACCACCGCGACACACGAAACCCCGAGGGGGAAAGAAGGCGAAAGAAGCGUCGGCAUCACCGAAGAAAUGUUCAAAUUACAGCAGAAAUGGGGAUGUUGUUUGUGGUGCAACAGCACCAAACACAUCACCAGCGCCUGCCUCGACAAGGACAAGGAGAAUGUCAAACGUCCUGGCUCGGGAAACUGAGCCCCGCGGGAAGUGUCGCGACAACACUUCCCAGUCCGCUGGAGUCGGCUGCCUUGCUAGCAGCCUCUCUCACAUCCGGGGACACCACGGUAGUCGCAAGUUCUCGCGUUGAGUUUGAGAACUAUGCUGUCAAGCUGGUCCCACCGUUGAACCAGCCCCUCCACGUGCAAGAUUCAAGCGUA